CAAACAAAACAAAGAAUAAAAUCAAAUUUGAAACCAUCUUUAAAAGUUCUUGCAUGCGCCAAUGAUAACGUCGCAUCAGCUGAACGCGUCCAAUUUUGUUGAUUACGACGACGCAGCCGUUGUCAGUGUCCUUCAGCCGGAACUAGGACAUUCGUAUUUGUAUAAUAAUAAUAAUAAUAAUCAUCAUCAUCGACAACAACAACGUCAUAAUCCGCAGCAGCAUCCAAAUGAAACAACAAAUUUCUAUGCCCCAACAGCAAAUGUAGUGAAAGUCACGCCCCAACAGGUCAGCAUUGGCAUUAAUUGUGAUCUUACGGCAAUUGGGGAAGAGAAACAACGUCACCACCAGCAACAACAACGUGGUGUAAUUGUUAAGCCAAAGGAUCAAACAGGAGUCACCAUAAAUAAGCGAAAACGUGAAACAGAUUGUGAUUGCGGCUGUCGUGUGGACUCGUAUAAAAACGGCAACGGUGACCAGCUAAUUAGCCACGGCAACGAGCAGGCGCAGCAGGACGCAGCAGCUAACCAUCAACUGGCUAGCAGCAGCCUCAAGACGGCUCACACAAAGGUUGCCACAUCAGGGGGGCAUGCCAAUACGCAGCCCCCCAGCAAGCGUUCGAGCAGCGGUGCUGAUGGUGACUAUCAGUUGGUACAACAUGAGGUGCUCUAUUCCCUAUCUGCAGAGUAUGAGGUCCUGGAAUUCUUGGGACGCGGCACAUUUGGCCAGGUGGUCAAAUGUUGGAAGCGUGGCACUUCCGAAAUUGUUGCCAUCAAAAUUCUAAAGAAUCAUCCUUCAUAUGCACGCCAGGGACAAAUCGAAGUCUCAAUUCUGUCACGUCUCAGCCAAGAGAAUGCCGAUGAAUUUAAUUUUGUGCGAGCAUUUGAAUGCUUUCAGCAUAAGAAUCAUACCUGCCUGGUCUUUGAAAUGCUUGAACAGAAUCUCUACGAUUUCCUCAAGCAAAAUAAGUUCUCACCAUUACCCCUAAAGUAUAUACGCCCCAUUCUAGAGCAGGUAUUGACAGCCCUGUUGAAAUUGAAACAAUUGGGUCUGAUCCAUGCCGAUCUGAAACCAGAGAACAUUAUGCUGGUCGAUCCAGUGCGUCAACCUUAUCGCGUCAAAGUCAUUGACUUUGGCAGUGCUUCGCAUGUGAGCAAAACUGUGUGCAAUACGUAUCUACAAUCGCGUUAUUAUCGAGCUCCCGAAAUAAUAUUGGGCUUACCAUUUUGUGAGGCAAUAGAUAUGUGGUCAUUGGGUUGUGUUGUCGCUGAACUAUUUCUCGGCUGGCCCCUCUAUCCAGGCAGUUCGGAAUUCGAUCAGAUACGUUAUAUAUCCCAAACACAGGGUCUGCCCACCGAACAUAUGCUGAAUAGUGCAUCAAAAACAUCGAAAUUUUUCUAUCGCGAUGUUGACUCAACGUAUCCAUUUUGGCGUCUAAAGACCACCGAAGAGCAUGAGGCCGAAACGAAUACAAAAAGCAAAGAGGCACGCAAAUAUAUAUUCAAUUGUCUAGACGACAUUGGUCAGGUGAAUGUGCCCACAGAUCUAGAGGGCGGUCAAUUGUUGGCCGAGAAGACAGAUCGUCGCGAGUUCAUCGAUCUGUUAAAGCGUAUGUUGACCAUAGAUCAAGAGCGACGUCUUACCCCAGCCGAGGCAUUAAAUCAUUCAUUCACACGUCUAACACACUUGGUGGAUUAUGUAUACUGUAAUAAUGUCAAGGCAUCCGUACAGAUGAUGGAAGUCUGUCGACGCGGUGACUUCCAUACAGUUCAACCCGCUUCUACAUUGGUGACCAACUUUGUGCCCAGCAGCACCGAGAACAUGACUUUCACCAUUAACAAUCAGUUAACCAGUCAGGUGCAACGUCUUGUCCGUGAUGGUCGUCCGCUGGCCUACGAGGGCCUCUAUCAAAUCUACAAUGGACGCAGUGUGGCCCGUCAAUAUCCUCAAGCACGCACCGAUAGUUUCCAGCAUCAGUUGGUUUCAAACAUUUUGUGUCCGCCCUCGUAUCAGGCUAUGCCUAGUCCUACCAAGCAUGUGGUUGUGGGUAGUGCCACCAUGCAGCCACCAUUGCAAGUGCCACCGCAGCAGUAUGUGAAUGUUCCGGUGCCAGUUUCCAUGGUGGAGCCCACAUCUGGUCAAAGAAUGCUCUUAACGAAUCGUGUGCAGGCCAGCGGAGUGGCCUGGCCACAGACUGGACGUCAAAUGGCUUUGGUGCCAUCAUGGCCGCAACAGGCGCCAGCUCAUUCCUUGAUUGUGGAUUCAACGCCGCUGUUCAAUGUGGAGGAGAUCUAUCCCAAGCAUCAUCUCAAUUUGCCACGCAAUGAUCUCAAAAAGGAGUCGCCGGCUCAUCAUUUAGCCAAGGGCAACUCUUAUCGCGUGCCUCGUCAUGAGAAGAAGGAACACCAGCAAUUGUCACCAGUGAAGAAACGCGUCAAGGAGAGCUCACCACCGCAUCAGCAGCGUUAUCAGAGGGCAACGCAUGUCUCGCCGCAGUACCAUAAUCAUCAUAAUUGCAAUUAUGGUGGAGGUGGUGGUGGUUACAGUGCCAGCUCUGGUGGUGCAGUGGUUGCAUCGUCGGCCUCAUCGGCCAGCAGUAAGAAUAUUGUCAAUGCCAGCGGGGGUGGCAGCUCAUCGAGCUCUCAUCAUCAUCAUGUGUCAGUGGCUCAUGCACCGCAUGGCAGUAGCAGUGCCUAUCAACCCUCUGGCCAUCAUAUUGUACAAAAUUGCAAUGGCAAUGGAGGAUCUGGUUCAGGAGGAGCAUAUCACUCAUCCCAGCCGCCAGUCCAUGCCCACCAGCAACAGCAGCAGCAACAGCAGCAGCAACAGCAGCAGCAGCAGCAACAGCAACAGCAACAACAGCAACAACAGCAGCAACAGCAUGUGAAGCAGCCAACGAUCACCAUACACGACACACCAUCGCCGACGGCUGUCAUAACGAUUUCAGAUAGCGAGGAUGAGGGUGCUGAUGGUGGUGCUGGACCAACGUCGUCGUCGGGGCCGAUUAAACAGCGGGCACAUGCUCAAUCGCAGACGACUGGCAGUAUGCUCCAUCACUCCAAUUCAUCGUCGAGUGCAUCGUUGCAUUGUCGCAGCAGUGUGCAGCCGAUUCAGCAACAGUCCCAGCCUCAGCAGCAACAGCCGCAGCAGCCGCCGCCGCCACAACAUCAGCAUCAGCAACAGCAGCAACAAACAAUUAAUUAUGGUGACCACGAUCCAGAGGACGCACGUCGACGCCAUCAUGCAUCAGCCGCUGCCGGUAGCCCCAAGCAUCAUCAUCACCAGCAGCAGCAGCAACAGCAGCAGCAACAACAACAACAACAACAUCAUCAGCUACAGCAACAACAGGUGCAGCCCGCCCAGCAGACGCCGCACUAUCAUACGCCUCAACCGCCGCCGCAACAGCCCAACAUCAAAUACGAGCCAGGACAAUCGCAAAAGAAACGCAUUUUGGCCAUGGCCCAGAGCGAAUGCAGCUAUCAGCCCCAAGUGCAACAGGUACCAACUCAAACUUCUGCUAGCUUGCCGCACAUUCCGACCAAACAAGAGCCAGCCGAAUUCUACCCGGAAUAUGCCACACAGCAGCAGCCACCACCGCCUCAGCAGCAGCAGCAGCAGCAGCAACUGGAUACAAAGCGCUCUUCUUGGGCGCCAACAUCCAGCAGCGCUGCCGCUCCGCCUCUGGCCCAUCCCAAGCGUGAGGCACCAUCCGCUGCUCCAGUUAGCUAUGUGGCCCCCGUGGUGGCACCACCAUUGGCCCACUCCAAGAGCAGCUCAAGCUCCUCAUCGUCAUCAAUUAAUGCGGCAGCAGCGGCCGCAGCUGCAGCGGCUGCCGCGGCGGCGGCCAGCGUUGGUCCACCGUCGUGGGGUCCGCCACAGGUGUACCGCCAGCCAUCUCAACCGCCGCCGCCGGCCAAUGUGCCGGGUGGCACAGUGCAGGCCGCGCCGCCAGUGCCACAUCAUCAUCACAGUAGCCAUAGUCAUCAUCAUCAUCAGGCUGGAACACCGCUGGGUGGCUCACCAUCAUCAACAGCAGCGGCCGCAAUGCUUCAGCCGGACAUCUAUGCCCAGGGCGAUAUGUAUAGGCGUCCAACUGUAUUUGUUUCGCAGGCGGCACCCACUUAUGCCUAUGCGAAUCGGGCAUUGCAACAAGCACCGCCGCCAGCCCACAAUAGCUCCAGUCGACAGGUUAUACCAUCGCAUCCGUUGCCGGCUCAUAUACAAAUCCCAACGCAGUAUAGUCAGUUUGGACCAUUGAGUCCUGCACAGGUAGCUGCCAGCAAACAUGCAGCGCAUUUUGCGCCCACUAAUAUAUGGUAUGGUGCUGAGUAGCUUGCAGGUUGAACAACAACAACAACAACAACCAGAACCAACCACAACAACAACAACAACUAGAAUAACAACACGAGGACGACGCGGAAACGAGAUCACAAUAAAAGCCACACAACCAACCAACCAACCAACCAACCAACCAACCAACCAACCAACUCAACUACAACAACAACUACCACACCCCCUAUCACAAUGAUCUUAAGCUAGAGCUUGAUUGAAUUGAUUGAUUGAUGCUCGAAUCUUUUAUGGCCUCGGCUGAAAACCAAAAUCUAGACAAUAGUCAGGAGCUGCAACAACAGCAACAAUUGCAGUUAACUCAAUGUUGGUGGUUUAUGUUGCUAAUGCAACAAACGAUUAUACAGAACAACAGCAUGUUGCAACAGUCAUCAUCAUCAUCAUCAUCCUCGUCGUCAUCAUCAGCAUCAUCAUUAGCAGCAGCAGCAACCAGUGAGAUUGCAACUAGAACCACCAACAACACGAGCAACAGCAUUUGCACCACCGCCGUCAGCACCACUAGAAAAACUCGCCGCAAACGUUGACGAGAUUGAGAACUCUUUUGCGUCGCCCCUGAAUUGUGUUUCUAAACGGAUUUUUUUUUUUAAACAAAUUAUCAAUACCUUUUUUUUUGUUGAAGCGCUUCAGCAAAGUGCAAGCAAGCUAAUUGAGCUAUUUAGAGAGCAUUCUAUUAAUAUUAUUAUUAUUAUCAUUAUGAUUGUAAUUAUGAUUAAUCAACUAUUCUUAUAUUUAUUAUAUAUAGUUUGUUUUAAUACAUGUUAAGGCAUUUCUACACUAAGCUACAGUGUAAAGUGCUUCGAAAGUUA